AUGUCGCACCCGGUAUUGUUCGGGUCAGUGGCGCAAACAGAUAACCUUCUUGUAUGGGCGUUGAAUAUAAACGGACCGGAAAGCACGCCAUAUGAGGGCGGAGUCUUUGUAGUGGAGUUAGUGUUCCCGGGCACGUACCCCAAUCGUCCGCCUCAGGUCACUUUUAAAACCAAAAUUUUUCACGCAAACGUCCGGUCCAAUGGUGACGUAUGCACAUCGUUGCUACGCGAUUGGCUUUCAACCGAUUCAGUGGUCACAAUUAUGUUGGCGCUAAGAAAUAUGAUGUCUCAACCCAACCGUAACAGCUCUUAUAACGGUCAGGGCCUCACUGACAAACAGUACAACCAAAAGGCCUGCGAAUAUACACGACAAUACGCUAAAAUGCGAUAA